AUGAAAGAACGACAGAAAACUAUUAGUGCAGUAUUAGUAUUAUGUUUAAAUCUAGGUAUACCACCACCAGAUGUAAUUAAAACUUCACCAUGUGCAAAAUAUGAAGCUUGCAUCGAUCCAACAACUUAUAAUGAUACUAAAAAGGCAUUGGAAAAUAUUGGUAAAAAUUUGCAAGCACAAUAUGAAACAUUAUCAAUAAGAACAAGAUAUAAACAAUCAUUAGAUCCAUGUGUUGAAGAUGUCAAACGAUUUUGUAAUACAUUGAGAAGAAAUGCAAAAGAAGAAAGAAUAUUGUUUCAUUAUAAUGGCCAUGGGGUUCCUCAACCAACAUCCAGUGGUGAAUUGUGGGUUUUCAAUAGAGGUUAUACACAAUAUAUUCCAAUAUCAUUAUAUGAUUUACAAACGUGGUUAGGUGCACCAGUAAUUUUUGUUUAUGAUUGUUCAUCAGCUGGUAAUAUUCUACAUAAUUUUAAAAAAUUUGUUCAAAAAAGAAUUGAUGAUGAUAAUGAUGGUAAUCAUGAUCAAAGUGCUCCAUCGCUAACAUCUGCAUAUUUAGAUUGCAUACAAUUAGCUGCAUGUAGAAGUAAUGAGUUAUUACCAAUGAGUCCAGAUGUACCAGCUGAUUUAUUUACUUGUUGUUUAACAUGUCCUAUUAAUAUAAGUAUUAAAUGGUUUAUAAUGCAAAGUUCAUUAAAGAUUUAUGAUUCAUUACCAAAAAAUUCAAUAGGAAACAUACAAAUACCGGGGAAAUUAACUGAUAGGAGGACACCCUUAGGUGAACUAAAUUGGAUUUUUACAGCUAUAACAGAUACAAUUGCAUGGACAUCAUUAUCAAGACCUAUAUUUAAACGAUUAUUUAGACAAGAUCUAAUGGUUGCUGCAUUAUUUAGAAAUUUUUUAUUAGCAAAAAGAAUUAUUCCACAUUUAAAUUGUAAUCCAAUUAGUGAUCCACCAUUACCUGAUUCAGUUAGGUUUCAUCCAAUGUGGGACUCGUGGGAUUUAGCAAUUGAUCAAAUAUUAUCACAAUUACUCAAAAAUGAAAUAGGUACAUUAUCAAAUAAUUAUCAACAUUCGACAUUUUUUGAACAACAAUUAACUGCAUUUGAAAUUUGGUUAAAAUAUAAUGGUCCAUUUACAAAAGAACCACCAGAACAAUUACCAAUAGUUUUACAAGUUUUAUUAUCACAAGUUCAUAGAUUAAGAGCAUUAAUAUUAUUAUCAAAAUUUUUAGAUUUAGGUCCUUGGGCUGUUUAUUUAUCAUUAUCAAUUGGUAUAUUCCCAUAUGUUUUAAAAUUAUUACAAAGUCCAGCACAAGAAUUAAAGCCGGUUUUAAUUUUCAUUUGGGCAAGAAUAAUGGCUAUUGAUUAUAAAGGUACACAACAAGAAUUAUGUAAAGAAAAGGGAUAUAAUUAUUUUUACCUAAUAUUAAAUAGUAAUCAACCUGUUAACAACUUGAUAAAUGAUGAUCAUAAAGCAAUGAGUGCAUUUAUAAUAACAUUAUGUAUAAAAGAUUUUAAAAAUGGUCAAAGAUUAUGUUUUUCAACUGAAAUAAUAAGUAAUUGUUUGAGAUUUAUACAAACUAGUGAAAAUCCAUUGUUAAGACAAUGGUGUGCAUUAUUAUUAUCACAAUUAUGGAAUAAAUAUCCUGAUGGUAAAUGGAUAGUAUUGAAAGAUAGAUACAUUAAUCAUUUAUUAACCCUUAUAAAUGAUCCAAUACCCGAAGUUAGAACUUCAAUAGUUGUUGCAUUGACUAAUUAUUUAUCAGAUCUAGAUCAACCAGAUAUUAGAAAAGAUGAAAUUAGACAACAAGAUUUAAAUAUAGCAAAUGCAGUAUUAGGGUUAUUAGGUGAUGGAUCAUCAAUGGUGAGAAAAGAAUUAAUUUACUUCAUGAAUAAAUUUGUACAAACAUACUCAAAAUUUUUUUUAGUCGUUGCAUUUAAUCAAUUGGAAGAAGAAAUUGUGUUGAUAGAUAAUGCAAAUUAUCUUAAUGAGUUUAGAAAAAGAUCUCCAGCAUAUAGUUCAAUCUUCAGCUCAGUUUGGAAAGCAUUACUAAUCUUAUCAGAAGAUCCACACUGUGAAGUACAACAAUUGGCAGAGACAUUAAUAGAUUAUAUAAUGAUUAAACUAAAUCAGAGUGAAUUAUCAAGUCUAGUUAAAGAGAUGCAAAAUAAUUUAUUAAGCAAAUCUACAAAGAAUAUAAGCGAGAGUUUCACAAUAAACAGACCAAUUAGAGUUCAAAGUGGACAAGUCAAAAAGAAUGAUUAUAAAAUAGAUGGAUCAGUUUUGAUAACUAGAUCAGUCUCGGCAAAUCAUACAGACGAUGUAUCAGAUUCAGAAUCAAUUACUUCCAAAAUUAAAAAUUUAUCAAUGUCUAAAUUAUUUAAAAGUUUCCACAUUAAUGACGAUAAUGAAUUAAAAAACCUAACAAGAUUUUUAAAUUCAGCUCCUGUUAAUUCAACUUAUGGUUCUGAAUAUAGACCAAAAAGUGCAUACUAUAAAAUUAGAGAUUUAAAUAAAUUUCCUGAAUUAUCAAAUGAAUCUGGGUUUUUUGAAUAUAGUUGUGAAUAUUUUCAAGAACCGCAAAUGUCUAAAAAUGAAGCUGAUGAACCUGGAUCAAAAGAUUUUGUACAAAGUUUAUGGAGAAGAAAUAGAAAUGAAUCAAUAAUAAACGAAACACAACCACAAAAAAUUGUGGCAUUAAGAGGUGAUUGGACAAAGGAUGUAAGGAUACUAGACAAUAAGACACAACCAAAAUGUAUCAAGUUUACACAAUUUGAAAAGAUUUUAGCUGUAUCUGAUGAAAAAGAUAAUGUAACAAUUUGGGAUUGGGAAUCAAAUCAAAUAAUCAAGAAAUUUUCAAAUGGUAAUCCAUUUGGUACGAAAAUAACAGACAUAAAAUACUUAAAUGAAGAUGAUUUACCAUUACUAUUAACUGGUUCUUCCGAUGGUGUUAUCAAAAUUUAUACAAAUUUUCACAAUUAUGAAUAUGGAGAUGAUAAAAUUGAAUUAGUCACUGGUUGGAGAGCAUUAACUGAUUUAUUACUUACUUCCAAAAGUUCUGGUUUAAUUUCAGAAUGGCAACAAUCAAGAGGUUCAUUAGUAGUUAGCGGUGAUGUUAAAAUUAUUAGAAUAUGGGAUGCUCCUACAGAAUUAUGUAUACUGGAUAUACCUGCAAGAUCAUCAUCAUCAAUAACAUCAUUAACAUCCGAUCAAGUAGCUGGUAAUGUAUUCAUUGCUGGAUUUGAUGAUGGUAGUAUAAGAGUUUAUGAUCGUAGAUUAGAUUCAAGAGAAUCAAUGGUUAAAACAUGGAGAACUACAAAAUAUCCAAAUGGGAAAAUUGAAAAAGAUUUUGGAUUUGGGUCAAUUAGAAAUGUUCAUAUGCAAAGAGGUGGUUUUAGAGAAUUAAUUUCUGGUUCAUCAGAUGGUUAUGUAAAUAUUUGGGAUAUAAGAUUAGAUGAUCCUGUUUUAUCUUAUAAAAAUUUUGAAAAAUCAAUGAGAACAAUGGAUGUACAUGAACAUGCUCCGAUAUUAGCUACAGGCUUAAAAACAACUGAUAUUUGGUCAACUUCGGGUGAUUUAUUAACAAAUUUAAAAUCGCAACAAAAUGAUAAAUAUUUAUCAACUAGAGUAACUGCAAAUUAUUUAUCUACAUCAGUAUUUCAUCCACAUAGAAUGAUGUUAGCUACUAAUUACAAUCAAGACAGUCACAUUAAUAUUUAUACAUGUACUGAUACAUUAGUUGAAUAUUAA